AUGCAGUUCCCGGCUCUCUGCUGCGGGGCCGCCCUGCUGCUGCUCGUUAUGCCGUGGGCAGAGGCGCAGGCGGCCGGCGAGGAGCGCGGUGCGGAGCUGCGUUCCCCGCAGGACCUCCUGCAGUCGCUGCGGCAGCUCCGGGAAGAGGAAGGGGAGCCGAGCCUGGAGACGAGCCGGUGGCCGGGGCUGAGGGCGGCUGCUCCGAGUGGGAGCUCCCCGGGGGCGGAGAGCGGCCGGGCGGGGGCUCCGGUCCUGGCCCCUGACCUCCCCAGCCAGCGGAGGGACAGAGCCAGUGAAGGAGCUUCCUCCCUCAGACAGAGACACUGCUCCUGCUGCUUUGGGACGAGGAUGGAGAGGAGUGGCGCGCAGACGGGGCUGGGAUGCGACCGGCACAGAGCCCGUGGGUGCCGGGCGGAGCAGGGCAGGCCGGGGCAGCCGCCGGGAGCUGCCGCUGUCGCCGGCUGAAAGCGUCGGAGCGGCUUCCCCCUGCGCUUCUUUCACAGAUU